AUGUUACAUAUCUGGUACCAGUCUCGGCGUUCUUUCAAGAAUUCAUCAAAAUAUAUCGUAAAUAUUGCUUACAAAAAUUUAGUAACAAAUUUCUUCAUUUCAACUUGUAAAAAAUUAUUUAAUAGGCCGGAGGAAUAUCCACAAGAAGAAGAUGAAAAAUGUGCAACAAAUCCGGCCACACCAAAAACUUAUGUAAAUUGUCAUAAUGAAGGAGUUCAUAUUUAUACCAAUUUAAGUAAUAAUAACCAUUUAACUGAACUAAUAACAGUUUUAGAACGACAAAUGAUAGAUUCUACCAAGAAAGUUUUACCAGUUAUCGCAAUUGGAAGUACAACAAUUGUAGUGAGUGGAAUUGCAUUAUUAUAUACGUUUCAACGUAAUUUGAUUUAUACUUCUCAUUAUCCUGUUGGAUCUCGUAAAAAUGUUCCUAAACCUACAGAAUUUGGAAUUCCAUAUUCACAAGUAAUACUAAUUACAGAAGAUAAUGUACUUAUUCGGGCUUUUGGAAGUGGUGGUAAUAUGGGACAUAGAUUACCAAUUGCUGAAAAAUUUUAUAAAGACUUUAAAUAUUAUUUAUUAAGAGAUACAAAUCUUAUAAUAUAUGGACAAUCUCUGGGAGGUGCCGUGGCUAUUGAUUUAGUUUCCAGGAAUGAAUCUAAAGUUAAUGCUUUGAUUAUUGAAAAUACUUUUCUUAGCAUUCAAAAAGCAAUCCCAUUUGCUAUGCCAACACUCCGAUAUUUGAAAUUCUUAUUUUCAGAAAUUUGGCCAUCCGAAAUAAAUAUUACAAAAAUUAAUGAAAUUCCAAUAUUAUUUAUUUCUGGAACUAAUGACGAAAUUAUUCCUCCUCAACAAAUGAAAACUUUAUUUGAAUUAACUAAUACGAAAGGUGGUAAAGUUUGGAGAGAAAUUCCUGGUGGAACUCAUGAAAAAACUGUUACUAAACCAAGAUAUUUCGAAUUUAUUGUCAAUACAUCCUUAAAAUGUAAUACUAUCAAAGAUGUAGCUGAUCCCACUCCUUCUUCAAUAUAUCUUAAUUUAGCAUUUUGA